AUUUUAUUAAAUAUACGUGUUCAUUAAAUAUGUUCUAAGAAGUCAGACCUGUAGAAAAUACUAAUUACGAUAGAAGGGUACGUGAAAAUCAGAAAAAUGAAUUCAAAAAAAUAUUAGAAGAAGAUUAAAUUUCCGCUUAAAUUGCAGAAUAAUUAGCAACAUCCCUUGAAUAGGAAGCAUAUACACUUUCAGGAGGUGAUAAUACAAGAGAUUACAGAACUAGAGUUAAUACUGUUAAAAUGCGCUUAAAGGGCACUAAAGGUGAAUUUCUUAUACUAUUUUAGGAUAAUUGAUUAGAACUGCUUUAGUAGAACAAAUUAUGACACCUAAAGAAUUGAUGUAAUUAGAUAUGUCAAAACUAAGUGAAGAUAGUGUUUAAGCUUUCUUAUAAAAAGAAUAAAGAAGGUUACCUCAACCUUAAACCAAUAUUUAAAAAAAUGUUCCAUAAAGAGGUCCUCCAACCAGACAUCUUCCUUCUGGUCCUCCUCCAACUAAAAAUUAAGUUAUGCCACCUCCUAUCAAACAACAAACAGCUGAAAAUUAAUACCAAAUUGUUAAUUAAUAAUAAAUUUCAGAUUCAUAUAAGCUAGAUAAUUUAAAUAUCCAAACUUAAAUUGAACAACAACCCUUUUAUUAAGAAUAAGAACUUAAUCAACAAAUUUAAUUUAAGGAUUCAAAUUCUUAAAUAUCAAAUCAAGUUCCAAAAAAUUAAAUUUCUAAUUCAAAUAAAUCAAAAGAAGUGACUUCUUCACAACUUUAAGUACAUGGAAAUAAUAAAGUUUAAUAAUAAUAAUAAUAAUAAUAAUAAUAAUAAUAAUAAUAAGAUAUACCUUAAUUUAAUAAUAAUCUUAAUACAUUAAUAAUUAAUUAAUUACCAUCAAAUAUUUAAACUAAAGAAUAAAAAAAGAACCCUUAAAAUUUUUUAAAUAUUACCCCUCCUAUUCCAACAGAGCAAUAAAAUAAUUAAAUGAAUAUUUAAUAAGCCUAAAUUUAAAAUUUUGAAGAAGAAGAUUUAACUAAUUUUGAUUCUUUAAGGUAAAAUCAAGAGAAAUUGAAUUAACUAGCAGAGCAAUUAAGAUCUGAAGAAUCUGAAGAAUCAAAUUUAGAAAAUCAAGAAGAUUCUGGCCCAAAAUAAAAUUGUAAUUUUUCUCAUCCUGAAAAUUAAUAAGAUGAACUUGAAUUUUAGGUUUAAAAUAACAUUAUUAAUGAAAAUGUUUAAGAUUUAUCAGAAAAUAUCAAUCAUACUGAAAAAUAAAGACAACUUAAUACUGAAGAAUAGUAUUAAGAUUAAUAAUAAAAUGAAGAUUUUUAAUAGGAAACUAUCUAACAAUAAAUUAUUCAUACAGAAGAAUAAAAUAAUUAAGAAUUCAGUCAAUAAUAAAUCGCUUCAUAAAAUCAUUCAAUUGAAAAAUAAUAGGAGAUUCCUCAUUAAGAAAUAAAAGAGGAAGAAAUUUUGGUUCAAUAAAAUAAUUUAGAUUAGUAAGUAAAAUAAUUAAAUGAGAGGAUUGAUUAAAAUUAACCUUAAUAAAAUAAAUAAUAAUAAUAAACAAAACAAAUUAUUUAAUCUUAAAAAGAUGCAUUUAAUUUCAAAAGUGAAUAAAUAUUAAAAUAGCAAGAAGAGCAAAUAGAAAACUUAGGUAUUUUGACAUAAACCCCAAAAUUUACAAUUUAAUUAUAAUAAUAGUAAACUUAAUAAAUAGAUGUUACUGUAUUUGAAUAAAUGAUAAAAUAAAGGGAUAUUUAUUAUGAAAAAUAGAUUAGUUAAUUAAUUAAAUAAAAUAAGGACCUUUAACAUUCUAUUGUUUAAUUUUAAUAGGAUCAUUUGAAAAUAAUUUAGGAUUUAUAAUAAAAGAAUGUGAAUUAUCAAGUUUAGAUUCAAUAACUUUAAAAUGAAAAUUAGCUUUUGAAAACGUCUUUAUAAAAUUAGGAACAAAAUUCUUUAAAAUAACUUAAUUAGUUAAAAGAGCAAAUUUAGAGUGAAAGAAAAUAAUUUUAAAAACUCCAAGAGAUUUAAUAAAUGGAAAAAUAAAAUGAAAGACAUUUUAUUGAAAAAUUGCAUUCAAAUACUCAAUAAAGAAGAGAUAUUAUUCAUAAAUAUCGUUUAUAGUAAACUUAAUCAAAUUUAGAUGAUUAAAUUUCAAUUUUAUAAGGGUUAUUAACUAAAUUAUAGCCACCUUAAUUACCUAGGGUAUAAUAAUUCUAAUAGCCAGUUUAAAUAUAAACAAAUAUUUAGUAGCAAGUAGUAUAAACAUAAGUUACUGAACCUUCAUCUACACAUUAAUAUCACGUUCAAUAGUAGAAUCAAUAAUAUUGGGCUAAUGAAGAUGAAGUAAACUUAUAAGGUUAAAUUGUAAAUGCAGAUUCUGGAUCAACUUAAUUGAAAACGGGAAAUAAUUAAAUUCAAGUUUAAGAUGUGCAAGAUGUUUAAGAUGUAUAAGAUGCUUAGGAUGAAUAAUAUGAAUAGGAUGCUUAAGUUGAAUAAUAAGAUUAAUAAAAUUAAGAAGAUUAAUAAAAUGUGUAUGAAGAUGAACAAUUUGAUAAAAUAAGUAAUUAACAAGAAGAAAUUAUAUAAGAGCAAUAAUAAUUUAUAUCAAAUGAACCACAUUUAUAUCCAUAAUAACAACAACAAUAAUAAUUAUUUUAAUAAAAUCAAUAACAGUAAGAUUAGUAAUUCUAAUAAUAAUAAAUAUUGGAACAUGAUUAGUAAUAAUCAUACAAUUCAAAUUAAUUCCAUUUAGAAGAUUAAUUCUAAAAUAAUGAGAUAGCUCAUAGAACUGAUAAAAAUACUCAUGAGAAGCAAUAAAUUAAUGAAUUAUAAUUAAAUGCUGAUGAAUUAUAAUAAAUAUAACUCACUAAUAAUGGAAUUCAAGGAAAUACAUAUAACCCUCCUCCACCAAGAAAACAAAAUCAUCAAAAAUAAGAAAAUUAAACAGCGUUUGUUCAUCCUCGAUUAGCUCAUAAAUAAGAUAAUCAAAAUUCAUAAUAAUAAAAUUAAUGGUAGAAUCUUUAAUAAAAUAAUCCAUUUUUGGAUUAUUAAGGAGCAGAAGAAUAUUUCCAAACAAGUAAUUAAACUAAUUUCUAGUAAUUUUUUGAGAAAUAAGUUGAAAAACCAAAAUAAACAGCAGUUCAAUAAAGAACAAAAUAAACAAAUAGAAGAGCUAAUGUACCAGGAUCAUUGUUUGAUUGA